AUGUGUAAACGAAGGGCAUUUCGUGUUUGGCAAAUGGUUGCACUGGUUUUGGGCCUUUUGGCUGUGACGUUGUCAUAUUUGUAUUCCCCUAAUUGGAUGCUCAGCUGGUUAUAUGGUAGGAGUGAACGAAGGCUUGUAUACGACCCUCAGAAAGAGAGUUGCCACAAUUAUAGUCCCGCUUUCCCAUCUGCUGGAGGUAUUGUUUUGAUGUUUUCUAAUGUCUCGAUCAAUUCCAUGCCUGCCCACUCCCUGGAAUUUUGCAAAUGACCCAACAUUGGUUCAAAAUAAUGAUACAAAAUCCCCACCCUAGAGACUUGAUAUAGAUGAAAAUGCCCCACCUUUAGGGGUCAAAUAACAGUGUUCUGGUAAAUAUAUUCAGGGCCGCCGAGAGGGGGGGGGGGAUUGCCCCGGGCCCCCACCUUAAUAAUAGGGCUCCAACUUGAGACAGAGAGAGCCUAAAAUUGAGUAGCUUCUUUAAAUUGGUCAGAGCAUUUUUGAAAUUGAGGGCCCCUUACAGUAGCUCCACAUGCAGUUUAGCUAUAAGGUCUAGUUGGAUGACUGACUUGGUCUGCUUAAAAAUAAUGAUGUCACAGGGCCCCCAGAGAACUGGAGAAGACUUGUCCCGGGCCCUGUGAAUUCUCUUGGCGGCCCUGAAUAUAUUGAUAAUAAUAUUCCUAAUUAUUAAAUAUUUAUACACUACAGUCAUUAAAAUUUUCAAAAAGUAAGAUCUGAUUUAUGAAAGCUCACAUUUUACCCCAUACAUGUAACAAUUAAAAAGUACUGUACUUAACAUAACAAAGAUCUACCUGUUAUUUAAUGAAAAUUGAAAACUUGUAUGUAAACUGCAAUGGGUUGUUCCAGCAAAAAUCCUUAUCCCCCCACAGAGGAAAUUUCUGCCGUCCGGAGGGGGAGGGGAGAAAAAAUUGUUUCUGAUAAUAGUAAAUGUAUUAAUUAGGACAUCUGAAGGGGGUAGGGGGGUUAACAUCUUAUUUCCUCCGUGGGGGUGGUAUGGAUGUUUUCUGGAAUGACCCAAUAAAUGAAAAAGCCAAAUUUUUAGCAUAGAUCAAAUUCCCCUCCCAGGAGACACCUAGCCUCUCACAAGGCAAGUGCCCAACCCCGAGAACAGGUGCAGACACUAAAGGGAACAGGUGCAGACACCAGGCAUGGAAUUGAUUAAGGCAUAUAUUAUAUAAAAAAUACAAAUUUUAGCAUUUUGAAUUUUUAAAAAUAUUAAGCUGCAUGCAUAAGGCUGUAAAGGGUUUAAACAACAUCCAGAAAAUGAAAACAUGAUACAAACCCUAUAUAUAUAUAUAUAUUUCACUCACUGAAGAAGCCUUAACCGGCGAAACGUCUGGGUUAUAGUCAUUAUACCUUUUUAUGCCUGAGGAAGUUCUUGUUUUAUUUUUUUAAAACACCAUUCAUAUAUAUAUAUAUAUAUAUAUAUAUAUAUAUAUAUAUAUAUAUAUAUAUAUAUAUAUAUAUAUAUAUAUAUAUAUAUAUAUAUAUAUAUAUAUAUAUUUAACAAUUAUACCAUGAGCUCGAGUCGUAUAUGAGCUGAUAGCCGACAAGGUGCGUAGCACCGAGUCGGCUAUCAGCCAUAUACGCGACGAGAGCGAAUGGUAUAAUUGUUUUAUAAUAUAGUCUAAUAUAGCCAUUAACUGAAGCAGUAAUUAAUUAUUCACUGUUACAAUGUGUUGACAAUUUGUUCGGCCAAAAACCGCUUGAAAAUUUGAAAUACUUUUGUUUUACAACUCCAAGACGAAGUGAAAGAAACGGUUUUAGAACCUCUAUAUCUCACAAGAAAGCUCAGAUAUAUUAUACAGAUGUUUGGUACUGAAAGUGCUUGUUGACUGCAAAUUCAUUUGUCGUUCAUUGCAAACUUUUCUGAACAAUUUAUAUUCUCAAUGAACAUGUUUUUUCGCUGUUGUUUCGGUAUUAAUUUUUUGAAAAACUUGUAUUUAAACUAAUUUCUACGUAAUAAAUGUAUUUUGCUAACCUGUCAAAUUUUUUUUGAGAGUUUUUCCUUGUACUAUUAUGUUUCUCAAAGCGAAUAUUUUCCUUUUUCUGCUUCGCAAAGCUCAUGUAGUUUUUGGACCGCCAUCUUGUUUUUCGCUACUCGCCGUAUAUGAGCUGAUAUACGGCAAGUAAUUCAACCAAUCAGAUUGCAGAACAGCUCAUAUACGGUGGAUGACUAUAUUAUAAAUAUAUAUAUAUAUAUAUAUAUAUAUAUAUAUAUAUAUAUAUAUAUAUAUAUAUAUAUAUAUAUAUAUAUAUAUAUAUAUAUAUAUAUAUAUAUAUAUAUAUAUAUAGAAAAGGUUUCAAUAUAUAUAUAUAGACUAAAAGCAAGACGUAAAUUUUAAUGGUUAUAUUUUGAUCUUAUUGCAAAAUAAUUGUCAGACCAAAGGUUGUCAUCACUCCACACAAGCUUGCUAUCAGUCCAUAUAUUGGGUUUUCAAAAGUAUGUGUUUUCGGUUUUUGUAUUAUUGAAAAAUAUGUGUUUUCGACUGUUUCGCCACUAGAGGUUUCCUGUAAAACCUCUGACCAUGUCGAAGGUUUCCAUGGUCUCGAUUUUAGACAUUCAACUAAUUUAAAAGUUUUCAACUGAAAAUUCAUAUUUACACAUAAAAAGUGGCAAAGCCUUUUCGGCCGUUUGCACUAGAAACCAAGGAGUUCCCUUUGGAAAGAUUUAUGACCAGCACAAGCAUGAGCAUUAUAUUUUCAUUUCUUGUAUCUUCCUAUGUUAAACUUUUAAAUUUCAGGAUUCGUUUGUGAUUAAUUAAGUAGUAGAGUUGUUAUGUGCUAAAUGGUUAUUUAAAACUAACAAAACUCAUUAAAAUAGCCCCAAAAUGCUGAAAAGACUUUUGAAUUUAAAAAAUGCUCAGAGGACAAUACCCCUGGACCCCCUAAAAGUUCAUUAUUCAAAGUAACACAGUCCCGCACAGGGUAAAAUUGCUUGUGCCCCUCAGUCGCCCUUGAUCUAGAAACCCUGGCUACCUCACUGAACCUGGGGUCAGUUGAACAAAGUCGAAAUACUACCUGCCCAUGUGAUAGUGUGUUAUCCAAACCAGCAAAAACCUGCGUAGACUUCUUUUCAAGCCCUUUCAUGCACAUGACUUUGGUGUGAAUGCUGUGCAGAAAUUUGGAUCCUUUAAUAUGUGCAUAAUCUUUUUACCAGAACCUUUAACCCAUUCAUGUGCAAGGCUUUACUCUUAAUGAGUUAAUAAUUGCCUGGCAUUAGACAGAGUAAAAUAAUGAGGGUACAUCUGGGCACAUUGCAGCUUAAUGGAUUAACUGUACACACACUGGCAGAUAGUUUGGAUAACCCAUUCAUUUGCAAGACUCUUACCUUGACUAGUAAAAUCGUCUGCAUGAGACAUCGUUAGUGGGUUCGCGCAACACCAGUGCGCACAAUCACCCUUACCAACUUAUGUGCAUCUCAAAGCACCACAAGCUCUGGGUUUUUUUUACCCAUCUGCCCCACCCCUUCUCACCCCACCCCCUUCUCCCUUCUUCUUUGCUGCUUUCAAAGUAUAUUUGAACUAUUCAGAAUCAGCUGAGAAUGUUGACAAUCAUUAAAAACAUGUGUUUGAUAUAAACCCAUUGCCAAAAAAGUGCUGCAAUUUAAUUUUCAGUGGUAACUGCCAUUUACUGCAAAAGAUUGCGAGGAUUGAGAUCACCCAGGGUGUUGGAACGGGGAGGUGUGGGAAGCAAAACAUCCUCACUUUUUGAAAAACAUGGUUAAAACAAGAUUAUAUAUGAAAAAAACGUGUCUUGUUGGUAAAUUGUUUGGAAAUUCGUUACAUUAUUAUUAUUAUUAUGCAGCUCACUUUACAUAUUUAUCAGUUUAACAACAUCAUAAUCUUUACAUUUAUCUUUACAACAAUAUGUGAUAUUACUUGAAUCCUAACUAUGCCCUGCCCAACUCUUUUCACACAAUCUUAAGGCCCAGACACACCGGACGCGAUUCGACAACGCAGCGCGAUUUUUUUAUCUUUACUGACCGAUAACUUUGAUCCUGGUUUAAGUUUUUCAAUUAUUUAGAAGCGCUAUAACCUUUUGAGUUACUUGGUCUACGUAUCUUUCCUACCAGAUUUAGCGGGGAUCCAUCAAUCUCAGAUUGUUUUCCAGUCAAUAUAUUUGGACAUUGGGCUUUUGGAGGCCUGGGGCUAAAAUAACAUGUAGUACUACAUAUAUGGACUGGCCCAAAAACAGUCUCGUCAAAGCAAAUAACACCAUUGAAACAUGUAAGGUGUUAUGAUAAAUGUAUCUAUACUUGAGAUAUAUUAAUUGUUAAUUAUUUUACAUAUGAGGAAAAAUUCAUUUUCCAGGAGUAUGAGGAUUCUAAUGCAGAUUUGCCAUGCAGAUCAGUUUUCUUCUUGCUUUAAGCCAUUAUAUCCUCAUGACAAAUUGUCAUCGCCCUUAUAUUCUGCUUCUCCAUGUCUUUCCAUGGCUGUUGUGUCCAAUUUUAUCUGAACAUAGUGUAUCUACCGUCUUGGUAGUGUAAAACGACACAGGCCUUACGGCUCGUAUGGAUUUAUGGCCGAUAACCGAUCAAGCUAUCUUAUAGGACUUAUAGUUAUAGAUACACAACAACUGUGACGACAGGACUUUAAAAGUGUACUAUAUUUAUCUUCUACGAACCGUCAAACUACAAUAUAAACAAAUAAACUAAAAUUACAAAAGGAAGAUUCCAAAUAUACUAAUAUAGCAAUACAAAAUAGAGCAAAAACUUACGACUUGUGUGCCGACUGUAAGCAUGUCACUUGGCGAAUCUUAAGUUCCUAAAGGCGGGCGACUAACAUGCAUAGCAACCCAAGAUAAACGACUGAGAGGGCGUAACACAUAGCAUGAAUUCUCUUACUCAUGGACAGGGCUCUGGGGGGUGUGGACACUUUGCUCUGGGCACCCUGCUAGAAGAGGCCCCUAAAGUAACACAGGUCCUUAAAAUUUCUUGAUACAAAAUUGCUUAACUGUCUGAUUGAGUUUAUCAUAAAAAAAUUAGUAAAGGUCUAAUUCCGCGACGAGCGAAAUGCGAAAUUUUCGCGCGAAAUGGUUGAACGCAUGCGCAACAUGAUUUUGGAAAUAUGUUUCUCUGCGAAAUAUUUCUCUUCGCCGGGUAGUUGAAUUCGUUUCUACUCCGUUGCGAAAUGGAAAUAGCGAAGCCAAUCAAAUGCUUGUGUUUUGGCGAUUUUUUUCUCUACUGUGGAAAUUACUACGAGAGAAAAUUUUCGCACAAAGUGUGUUUUCGCGCGAAAUUUUUCGCAUUUCGCUCGUCGUGGAAUUAGGCCUUACCAAGGAGGCGCGACCUCUUGACGGUCCUGCUCGUAGAUGGAUUUCGCCAAAAAAUAUAAACAAAAAAUGUAUAUCACCUAAUGAUGACAGUGUGGCUAUCAUAUUUGUCAUUUUCUUUGCCAUUGUCGUUGUUGUUAUUACUAUUUAAUAGGUCCUGGCUGCAAGCCAAAGUGUGAACCUAAAGAUGGGGAAGAAACAUCGUCGUAUGGUGCUAUAUUCCUUAACAAGACCCACGACUGGCCCAGAGAUUUGCUGGAAAACAUGCACUUUGCUGGAUCAAUAUUGAAGAAAUAUGGCACACCUCGCAGCCUUGACACAGAGCGCUCUGUCUACCUACAUGUGGCGUUUGAUUAUUAUUGUUGUUAUACAAAAAGUGAAGCUAUAAAGAUUG